AUGGGUAAGAAGGCUGCUGCUGACUGUGGACGUCAAUGGCGGUGGCUGGAGACUCAUGAUGGCAAAAGCGGCGCGGGUGCCAUGUCGUGGUUCGGCGCAUGCAUUUGGCCUUGCGGAGCAUACGGUCGAACUUCACAUCGUCUCAAGGCUGCAAUCUCCGGACAAGAUGCCGAGAAAACCGCCAAGGGCUCCUGCUGUACUGGCGUCGACUGCGCUCAAUUCGCCCUUUGCCUUCCGUUCUAUGGACUCUUUUUGUCCAGGCUCCAAACUACCGUCCGGUCGUUCUAUGGCAUUGACGGCCAUGAAUGCUCCGACUGGUGCAGUGGCUGUUUCUGCCCAACCUUGACGUUGGUGCGGAACGAGCAAGAAAUCAUGCUCCGAGAGAAUCACAAGAGGGUCAAGGGACAUCAUCAUCACGAAGUGUCUGUCAUGAGCGACGGUGGCUAUCAAUCAGUCAAUCCCAUGGCGUAUCUGAAGCCAGACAGUGCCGGGUCUGCGCAGCCCAGGGCGUCGCAUGGAAGGCAACGACCACAUGACUUGCGCAGCGAUCAAGUCACAACCGCCAAGGGAGUUGCCUACCCACAAGUUCACUAUUUGGACCAACACUGGUAUUUGGUUCCCUUUGACAAGGGCGACGACGAAGCCAAGAAGGAAGACUGCAAGCCCCUCAACUCUGCAAUCGCCAAGAUUGUUGGCAAGCACUCCCUCGAGGAUCAUGAGCUGGUGGUCACGGGUACCAUUCGGCCCGCUCACGACUUGAAGUCGGACAUCAAGACUAGUGACCGUCAUCACAGCCCUUCCCACCAGCUUCAGCAGGAUGCCACGACUCCUGCCAGCCAUUCAAGCUGCGGGUCACCCCAUCAGCUGUGCUGUGACCCUGUUGCGGAAUCAAAGACGGUGGUUUGUCACGACUUGCAGGCUCAUCAACCGGUGCCGUUGAGCCAAGUUGAUCACCACCACGCCCUUGAUAGAGACGUUUUGGUUGGAACUGGGGGUUGUGCGGUGAGCAAACAUGACAUUCACGCUCAUGAGAUGGUCAAGUCUCGCGGCACAGAAACGCCUCACGAGUUGAAGGAUGACGGUACAGCGGGAUCCAGCAGCAGAACAUGGGCACAUGGCAUGGACCGUGAUGAUACUGUGGCUACACGUCACGAAGGCCUUGGGAAGCAUGGUCUUGACUCGCACAAACCUACGGCUGUUAUUGGCCAGAGGAUGGCUUCGCACGAACUCGACGAGGAUCAGUGA